AUGCUCCCGAACAAAAUGCACGCGCAUCGCGGGCAGACAUACUACGAUCACUCGCAAAAGAGGACGACAAGAAGCUGCUUAACCUUAUGCAUGAUGUGCUUAUGUCCAGCAAAGAGAAUAAAGACAAAAAGAAAUCAUGAGACCAUAAAGAUUAAGAUUAGUAAUGGACAAGGAGAGCAGUACAACUUAUUUCUACAUCAAAUAAGAGGUACUUCAUCAACUUCAGCGCAGAUGAACAUUCUGGUGAACAUCAAUGAACUUUUUUGUCAGAGUUUCUUACAUCCUAGUAUAGAUACACGCAAAGACGGUUACUCGAGCAGCGAUCAGUGAGCGUUCACUAAGCUGCCGAGCCUUAUCGACACCUCAACCGCAAAGUUCGUGGUGCAUAUGCAUGUGGAGGUCCUUCGUUGUAACAUCAUUCAACUAAGAGUAUUGAUUCGGCAGAGCGGCGUGCCCGUCGUGUGCGUGUUAGUGCAGUGGUUUCCUUUGUCC